CAAUCAAUUAAUCAACCGUAAAAAAACUUGCUGUUUACCCUGUAUUGGUUUUGAGUUCCUGCAAGUUUUUGGUUUUCAACCUUUGUUUUGAAACUAUUUGCUUUAUAGUUUCAAAUUAUGAAAUAAACAUAUCAAAUUGUUUUAAAAUAAGACGACUAUUAUUCACCUAUCAUUUUCUGUAAUUUUUUUUAUUAUCUGAAAUUAUGUUAUCGUUCAUAUGAUACAGAAAUUACGAACACUGCUACUUUUUUUCAAAAAGUUUUCAAGUAUUUUCUGAGAAAGAAUGUAAUAAUUAUGCCUUUAAAAUGAAAUUCAUCAUGGAAUGUUUUUACAUGAUUGUAUCUGCAUUUGCUGCUGUAUCUUUGAUCACACACAUAUUGGGUUAUUUAAUUCCAACUAUAGCCUUCAUUUACAGUUCUUUAUGUCUCUCUAUCAAGUUUCUUAUUUUUCUGGGUGCUGCUUUAAUUGGGAUACUGACUGGAUUAGAUUUGGAUCCUUAUGUACCAAAGAGAAUAAAGAGGCAGCCAAAUGAUCUUAUUGUUUCGAAAACUAAGGAGCGACUUGCAGAUUUGAAAUUUCCACCUGGAAAAAUUAAAACUACUCCAUUAGUCUCUCGAAAUGUCGAUGACGUCAUCGAGGAACUGAUAUCACUGUUAUUUCGUGACUAUAUUUCAAGCUGGUACUCAUAUGUUGUGAAACACCCUAGUUUAUUUUGCAAACAAUUAAAAGAUCCUAUCAGACAAAUGUUAUUUACAUUUAGAGAUCGUUGUCAAAAAAUUUCUGAAAUUGAAUUGAUUACCAGUGAUAUUGUUAACAUCCUAACCGACCACAUGCAACGUAUCAGAUUUUCUGUGGUCAAUCCAGCUGAAAAAAUCCAGCCAUACAUGGUUUUUAAGUUUUUAUCAUCCAAAGAGGCUGAAUUGGAUCAUUUAAGAUGUCUCUGUGAAUUUCUGUUGGCUACUCUAUUACCUCCUGAUUAUGUUGACCAUCUUACUUUAAAAUCUCUACUCAGAGAAAUAUUCACAGUUUCAGUGUUUUAUCCAAUCAUUGACAAAUUAUGUGAUCCCGACUUUAUAAAUAUGAAGCUGAUUUCAUACUUGAAGCAGCAGCAGUUGCAAGCAGAGAAGCAUCGGAAACUUUAUGCCUAUGCAGAAACGUAUGAAGACUUUAUCAAGAUGAUUCAAGAAUCAUUCGAUAUUGAAGACUUACGAAGAAUGAGAUAUUACAUUGCUACGGAAAUAAUGCAAGCCACAACUAUGAGUAAUCUAAAAAGAUCAAAAGGCAUUGAUGCAGACAAGGAAUUCAAACCGCAGAAAACGAAUAAGGGAGACCUUCUGCAAGCGAGGGAUUUAUCUCGUUAUCUAAAUCAAUUGCAGUUUGCCAAAGCUCAGUGUGAAAAAAGACUGAAAGGCAUAGGUGGUGCUGAAUAUAUUUCAAUUAAUAAAUCUGGGAAUGGAAGUUCUAAUAAAAGUGUUUACAUGCCUGGUCAAAAAGUGUUGUCCAUGUCAGUGAUUAUGCAGUCAAGUUUCUGUCGGAGACAUUUCUCUAGAUUUCUUCAGAAAGAGGAAUCUCAUUCAUUGUUGGGUUUCUGGGAAGCUGUUGAUGAAAUGAAGCAUUCUGAUAAGGAUUCUUGGCAUAAAUUAGGAAAUGAAAUAGUACAAAUCUAUGUCCACCAUCAAUCAAGCAGUGUACGUUUGAAUAAAAGUACACUCAAAGGAAUCGAGGAAUUUAUGAUGGCUAAUAAAGGUCCAGAGGCAUUUUUUCAAGCUCAGGAAGAAAUAUAUAGAUUCUUAGAAGAGCACUACUAUGCCUCGUUCAUUGUUAGUGAUGUUUAUCAUAAGAUGCUUGCUGAAGUUGAAAAGCAAGGAAUUGAUUUUAUGCAAGAACAACCAGAAGAAGUAUCAGAGCUCCAAAUUCCUGAUGAAGAUCCGGAAAUCGACAAAAUGCCCCCUGACACGUCAGAUGUCUCUGUUUUUGAUCACUCUAGUUAUGCUCGUUCUCAACUCAAAGUUUUAACUGAGAAGAUAGGCUACAAAAAACAAGCCUUAGAUGCAUUGCGCAAUAAUACAAAAUGUGAAAAAAAGGUCAUAUUGAUGAUGGAAAAAGAAAUUGCUGAUCUAGUUCUGGAGCAAAACAUGUUAGAGAACCACAUUGAGAAAACAGAGCUUUGGAUCGAAUUUUUAGGUGUCUGGCAAGCAUCAAUAAUGGAAGCAAUGGAGAAAAAAGAGAAUGAAAAAAUUGUUCCUUAUUUUGUGAUAAGAGUCCACUUAGCAAGCGACGCUGAGUUUGUUCCUAACAAAAUGUCUGGAUGGGUCGUUUCUAGGAGCCUGCAGUCUUUCCAUAGUUUGCACCAGAAACUAGUUCCAGCUGCUAUGUGGCUGAAAAAAAUAGAUUUACCAACUAAACCUCGGUUCAAGAGUUUAGAUAGGAACUACUUGGAGAGAGCAAAAAAAUGCCUGCAAACAUUUCUUUCGGCAGUGACAAAAGAUGAUGGUCUAAAUAAAAGUGAGGCCCUGUAUGAUUUUUUAAGUCCCAGUCCAGAGUAUAUGAAGCACCCACCCGUUCCUCCAAAGAGACCAUUCAAGCUCAAUCUUCUGCAGUUUUUUAAAGGCAUUCCCCAGACUGUUGUUGGGACUCUUCAAAACACUCUGAACCAGUUUGAUGAUCCAGUUGAUGAAGAGUUACUAUUUCUGGAUGAUUCUGAUAGCAAGGAUGACAAAAAAGAUUCCAUUGCAGAACCCCUGUAUGUCUUGAUUGGUGAAAUAUUCGAAUUGAAAGGAGUUUUUAAUUGGUUGAGAAAAUCAUUAAUUACAUUUGUGCAAAUUACAUAUGGUUCAACAAUAAAUAGGCAACUACGCGAGACUGUAUCCUAUAUACUGUCAGAGCCGAUGCUUCUCUUCUAUCUCCAGUUGUUUCGUGAUACAAUGUGGCCUCCUGAUAAGCAGGUAUUGAAUGUUGAAGAGAGGAGCGUAGAAAAGAAAUUGGAAACAAAACACAUGGCCAAAGAAAUGUUUCUCAAUAAUCCACCAGUGAUCUUGAACAAAUUAAUUGGUGAGCAAAAUACUAGGAAAGGUUUAUCUAAAGUUUUUGAUGCACUCCAAAACCAAUACUUCAACAAACAACUGUUUUAUAAAAUCUUGGAAGCUUUUAUCUAUGCAUAUGCUCCUGAAUUAAAGCAGAUAUCUUCAUUAUAUAGCAUUGACAAAGCUGAAAGUUGUUCAGAAUAAUUGUUUUGAAAUGUUAGAAGAUUUUAUUAGCUUCCAAGGCAGUGAAAAUAAUUGUAUAAAUAAUGAGCAUGUCUUAUAUUUAUUAAAAAUUGUGUACAUAAGUUUCCGAAAUAUUUAUUGUUAAGCAUUGAAGUUGUAAAUAUGUUAUUUUUUUGAA